AUGGACAAGAAGAAGAAAACCGCCCUCACGAACCAGUGCAAGAACAAGAUUGCCCUGGCUUCCACAAAGCUAGAGGAGUCGAGUGUGCUGCAGGAGGAGAUCGCCGGGGCCAAGGAUAUGUCGCAGCCGAUCCGCGACGGCUUCCUCACGGAUCUCAAGAACCACAAAGAGAGCCUUCAGCAAGCCAGGGACAAGCUGCAGGCUGAGGUGGACAAGGGCUCGGGUGAUCGGCUUCAGGAGCUUUUGGACGAGGUCACACAAAAGAUUACUAACUAUGUGCAGUCGACGAAUGCGAUGAAGAAGAUGUCGGCCGCCAGAUUGCAUUGUAGCAGUACUUGGUCCUCGAGCAUACCUUGGGGUGACAUUGCUUCGAGGGAACCAUAA